AUGGAUGAAGAUUGCUUAAAAGAAAUUCUGGAUGAUGCCAUAGUGAAUGAGGGAAACAUUGAGACAGCAGUAAGCGUGGCCAAUCUCGCAAAAAGAUGUUUGAGGUUAAAAGGGGAGGAAAGGCCUACCAUGAAAGAAGUUGCCAUGGAGCUAGAGGGAAUGGCAAUUAUGGCAAAGCAUCCGUGGGGAAAGAAUGCUAAAUUCUGUCCGGAAGAGAAUGAGUACCUACUUGGGUCACCUACUUCAGACAGUUAUGACAUGGAUGCUAGAGGAGGUGAUCACAAUUCCAGUGGUUUAACUAUUGGUACGACAACUGGGUAUGACAGCAUGCAAAUCCAGAUGUUGAUGCCACAUGGUAAUGGACGAUAG